CUCAGGAAGUCAAUGGGUCAUAGAAAUCGUAUCAUGCAUGCCGUUGCAUAAAGCCCGAGAGACAACAUGAAAGGCCUCACUGCAUCUUCCUUUCUUGUGACCAUCUUCCUAGUUCCAUCUCUGGCCCUGGUGAACACCAGUGACAGUCAUUCUCUGGAUGGCUCUGUGGGGACCCAGGCCAUCCAUGUUGAUGCCCUCCGAGGUCUGGUCAGUAUCCAAGACAACAAUGUUCUGAGCGAAUGGAAUGGAAUCGUGGACUACAAGAAUGCCCUCCUGGCAGCUAAGCUGUUUAGUAAGAUGGCCUGUGUCCUGGCCAAGAUGGACCUGACAGUCUUCCCAAGUUUGGAUGAUAUUACCCAGGCCCUGGGCACACAGGAUUCCGGUCACUACCCACCCACCCGCGGACUGACCUACACGGUUUUACCCAGCCGAGUCAAAAACUUGGCCCAGUACGGAGUGCCUGUCCAAGACCUGUGCAGAGAAGUCCCCGCCUACUUUGCCCAGCAACAAAAAGAAGGUUCCGCCCUGGACAUGGACCCACAAUCCUGUUCUGAGCUCCAAUUUCUCUCCUUCAUGGGACUGUCCAUCUGUGGUGAGAUCCCUGGGCUCUGAACCCUACAUUAGCCAUGUGAAGACUGGACUUGCCUGCUCCAGCCUCUGCCUGUGGGAAGCAGCCCUUUCCAGUCCUCUACCUUCUGGCUUUCCAUUCAGCACUAACUCUGUAAUCUGGGGAGGAGGGAGGUGCAACUUCUACCUUCUAGGAAAAAAUAAUAAAGUUUCCAUGUCACUGGC